GAUGCGUCAAUGUUCGAAGGAAGAGAUAACGAAACAGAGAAGUUUCGUUUCGUGUUAUUACAUACACGUGGAUAUGGUUUCGUGUGCUAUAUCGCUCAGUGUCGUGGCGCCGACCGCACCGUUAUAAUCCAGCGAGCUGAGCGGGGAGGAUGCUUCGUUCCAGGCAUCUAUCUUUUAGAAAAUUUAACCAGUGUAUCGCGAGCAAUCUUGCAUCGAAGACUGCUUCACAAUAUCGUGGGUGAAUUUCUUAUCUGUUCAGAAAAAAACACGUCGAUUUUAACAAAAGAUUUGCACAUUGCACACAUUUGCAACAAAUGGUACAAACGGAAUUUAAAUAAUAUUAAAAGGAUACAAAGGGUGGAGACGAUUCUGCGUGCCGUAGUGACCUUGACAUGCUGCCAUAGACCCACCUUAAAGGGCAAUGUCAAAAUAAUAUGGCCGGCCAAGUUUGAGGGUCGACGUUCGAAAACGAAAUCAAAAAAUUUGAAGCGGCACUGUGAUAACAACGUAAACUACUUCGAAACUGGAGGAAAGGUUAGAUGCGCUAGUUAGCAACUAAAGUGUUACGAAACUGUAAUAAAAACGAGAGUA